UGGCUGCUACUUCUAUUAUGUUGAUGGUGUUUUUGUAAACAGCCUCUUUCACACAUCUCAUAAACGUAUCCGUCACAAUAUCAUUACAACCUGAUAUUUCCUGCCAAACCUUCUUUGUUAAGAAGGCAUUUAACGCUGUGUGAUGUACUGAAGUGCGCAUUUGAUGUUUGGAGACCACAGGCGACGGCCGUCAACAACAGCAUGGUUGGGUUAUUCGUCUGGAUAUUCUUUAUCAUUGGAAGAGCCGGGGCAGACACCUUUGUUGGCGUGGAGGUUCCUGGUUUUGUCUGCAGACAUGUUCAGAUCUAUGCCAAGGAGACUUACGAACCACAUCCACUCAUUACUGUAACUGUGACGAGACUUGUCCUCUUUUUGGUGAUUGUUGCCAAGGCUAUUUUGAGACCUGCAUGAAGCUACGGACAGAUCAUGAUAUACUUUCAUUCCUUUUUGAUAUCAAACAGAAUAUACAGUCUCCCUCUGUCGCCUACAAUGAUGUUCGUAGAACUGUACAGUACUCAUCGUGUGUUAGACUUCAUGAUGGUAAAAAUGCUUUGUCAAUAUACAUGAUCAACAGAUGUCCUGCAGAAUUUAACAACGCCAUCAUCAAGGAGAAGUGCGAGGGAAAUGCCUACCCCUUUGAUACCCCUGUCACCAACAGAUGGAACCUUUAUGAAAUAUUCUCCAGUAUAUUCUGUGCUAUGUGCCACAAUAUUCCCAGGCGAGAUAUGGUGGUAUGGAACUCUACAUUACUCUGUCCUGAACCAACAAACGAGCCAGUAAAUAUGAUAUUUAUUACCAGUAGAUCUGGACCGUUCCUUGGCUGUCGGACUCAGGUUGAGUACCACACUGCCUCCAAGUUACGUCGUUGUAAUGAAGAAGAACCUGCUGCAACGUGCAAUACAAACAGUACAGGAUACCUUGGACUAAACGAUUCCUUGUCUUUCAGUGACGUCAGUCUGCUUUGUCAUAGUUAUGUGACCGCAGUAGGGGUGGAAGGUCAUGGGGUCCACAGAAACCCACACUGUUUGACUUGCAGUGAAAACAGGACUUUCAUAGAGGAUGAGUUACGAUGUUAUGUUCAUUAUCCUCACCCAUUUUUAGCCGGUUGGAAAACAAUUGAACUUCGAAAGAAUAUUUCUCCUCCAGAUAUGUUCUUUACGUUCAAUAGCCAACUUGGAUCAAUAAUUCCAGAUUAUAUACUUUGUUAUGAAAAUCAAACCAGGAAUGAUAUUCUCAAUACUUGUGAAGAUAAGGUAUGUUCCAAUUCUACUUUGAUAGGUAACAAGUGUUUGUACGUUCAAAAUGUUCAAAAUUCCUUGCAUACCCAAAAGUUUUUCCUUAAGCUCCAGUUUAAAACGACUGAGGAAGCAUCAGAUCUCGCAAGGAUGGUUCAAGAUGUAACGUCAUCCAUGGGGAUGGCCGUAACUGAAACGGGAGACAAGCACGGAUUUAAUUUAAAUAGCAGAAACUUGAGAAUAGUGUUUGCUGCGUUGACACCUAUGAAAACGAAUAUGAAUAAUUCAGUUUACAAAACAGAUUUUGAAGUGGACAUGGACUUUAUGCUGUCUGACGUCAUACGACUGUUACAGAUAUCCCUUUUACAGUACAGACAUACAAACACAACCGAUGUAAUGUUUGACAAGAUGGUGGUGUCUAAUACACAUGACAUGGACACGACAGAGUGUUCAGCAGGACAAAAGACUGUAUUCACGAAUGUGUCUGUUGUGGAAUCUGGUGGCAAAAUGUAUGCUAUGUUUGAAGAGUCCAGCAUGCUAGUUGAUCUGGAGCAAGGAGUCUUCUCGCUUCUUCUUACCCAACAUUACGGCAUUUUACACCUGAAGGAGUUUAUCUUGUGUCUGUCUGAUGCGGAGAACACGAAUCUCAGUCUCUCCACAAAAUCCGGGUUUGUUAGCUGCGACACGGUCGCUUUCACCAAGAGCGAGUAUAAGCUGACCAAUCAUGGACAACUUAAGCUGAAUAUGAAUGGUCGUGCGAUACCAAAUGCCUGUCUCGGCUACACCUUGUGGUACUGCUGGAGACUGUGUCACAGAUAUGACUCGCUGAAAGGAAGACUCUGCUGCCGAUGUCAGAAUGAUGUCCUACUUACCCUCCUGCUGCUUCUCCUCUCUUCCUGUGGUGUCAGUGCUGAGUACACCCGUAUCGCUGCCCUCGGACAAAUGUAUUACACAAUGCAUAUUGUGAUGGCGUUUUUCCUGGUCAAUACUCUUGUUCUCAGUAAAAUGAUCACACAUCCGUUCCCGCUAUCCACUGGACAUGAAGCAGCUAACUUUGAUGCUGUUCCUUCUGUGAGAACCUCUCCUGACCACACUCAUGCACAAGUGUUCACUAUUCCUACAACUGACAAAACUGGUAAUCCACUAACAGUACAGGCAAACAUCACACAAGAGUAA